AUGACCCAAGCGGGGAAUAUGUUAGUAGCUCGGAAGAUCAAACGAGCAUCACGACCGGUGCAUCCCCUACACUUUGGCAGGUCGGGAACCUCGCUGGCAAGCUUCUGUCACCAAUCCAGAGCUUGCAGGAUCCAGCUAUCUGCAGGGAUCUGGUCACCUCCAGUGAUAUAUCUCAUGUGGAAUCGCAGAACGAGGACCCGAACCUGUGCCUCCCAAGCAAUGUUCAGCCUGAAGGAGUUCUUCCAGCGGCCGCUCCAACUACUGAGGCACCAGUAUACCCUGAGCCCGAUGGCCAGGCUCAAGAGAACGAUCCGAAUUUUGGAGCUUCUUCUCUUGAACGUUUCCAGCGGACGUCACAAGUUAUAUCAUUGACAUUGAGUUUGGACAAGUUUGUCACCUAUGAGGUACCAACUGAGGCCUCGUUUGCCUACUUCACAGAUGAGCUAGACUGUCCGUUUUUGUCACCUUUUGACAGUCUUGGCUGGAAAAGAAUAAAGCAGAGCAUAGCACAGCUUGGUGCACAAGAGGUAUCGGUGGCUAGAUGUGUUCUGUCAACCCAAGCACUGCAUCGAACUCAGGUGGACAGGUUGCCGACAGAAUUCGCCAUGUCUCUAUAUCAAGCAGCCAUCAGCAGUUUCCAGUUUGUACUGGACAAUGACAAUAUCGACUUUGAUAUCAUACUCGUCGACGCCUUCCUACUUCUUUUAUCCCAACUCAUUCUCCCAAAUCGAGACAACCCUACCUUUACGUGGAUGGACCCCGUGCUCAUAAAUCGACUGGAUGUGUGGUUGAAAACUGACCACAGAUCUCCUAUUUCAUUGCGGAUAUGUACUUGGCUGCAGAUCCUUGACACUGCUGCGAAAAGGGGAGGGAGCCCAAGUUUACUACCAGACUCCGUUUUCAACCACUUGACUGAAAGUAUACCCGAGGUGCCAAGCCUCUCUUCUCUAGAUACCAGCCUAGACCCGGGGGAUACUCUCUACGAUACCAUCAGCACGCCGCUUUACGCAUUUUAUCUCAAGGUCCAAAGGGUGUCGAACAGAGUUGCAGAUGUAAGCCACUACCGUCGAUCACGAACCACCCCAGGAGAUCAGGCUGAAGUCAAUGUCAUCUUGACUGGCCUGAAAGAUACCAUGUACGCCUUGUGGGAUAACCGGCCUGGGCCAUUGCGCCUCCAACCAAGAGAACUUCGAGAGCAUUUCAAUUUUGCCAUUGCAGAGCCCACCGUCGCUCUCGCCGGGGUCUGCCUAGCCGCGUACUUCGCCGAGCUCAUUGUCUUUGGCCGAACUCUCGGGGAUCCGAUAUUUCCAUCAAUCGAAUCGAGACACGCCAUGGCGCAGAUCAGAGGAUACGUUGAUGGCGACUGGGGCAGCUCCAGCGGAGGGACCCUGAACCCAGGGUACCUCCGAGCUCUGUUUCUGUACGGCGUCGAAUGUUUCGAAAAGGACGAGUCGCGGUGGGCUGCGGAGCGUCUGA